CUAUCCAUCUAUUUAGCCAAUAUGGCGGUGCCCACGCUUCGCCUUCUGUCCGCGUCUGUACGAAUGCUGUCACGAGCGUUUCCGUUUGCGAGAGGCUGCGCGACGUAUUCGAGACACGUCUAAUACACGAGUUAAUCGGGUGCAGUAGAAAAUUUACGUAGAUAGAGAGGUCCCAUACAGAAAGUUCUCCCGUUACACGUACGGCAUGGGGAAAACGAAACCAUUCAAGCCGGGUGCUUCGAGGGAGUCCCUGCUUCAACUUGACAGAGAGGAACUCGUCAACUGGGUGCAACAGUUGGACGCACACGUGAAACAACUUCAAAACGUCGUAGCAAAGAACACCGCCACCACCCCUGCACCCAUCAGGAAAGAAAAGCCGUUCGAUUUUUCUCGGUUCAAGAAGCGGCACGUGGCUCUACGCUUCCUCUACCUCGGUUGGAACUACGACGGCUACGUAGUGCAAGAGGACACGGCCAACACGGUCGAGGCGGCCCUCUUCCAGGCGCUGCAGAGAACCCGGCUGCUGGACCAGCGUGAGACGUCCAACUAUCACCGCUGUGGACGCACGGACAAGGGCGUCUCUGCCUUCAGCCAGGUCAUUUCUAUCGACCUGCGCUCGAACCUGACUGAGGGACCUGGUGUGUUCUCACCGGACGGGUAUCGGCCCAAUGAAAAGUCGGUUGCGCGUUCGACGGAACUCGAUUAUGUCAAGAUUCUCAACGGCGUUCUUCCACCGGACAUCCGAGUUCUGGCGUGGGCUCCCGCGGAACCUUCGUUUAGUGCAAGGUUUGACUGUCAGGCAAGGACUUAUCGCUACUUCCUCCCAAAGGGGAACUUAGUUGUGCAGCGCAUGCGGGAAGCGGCCAAACUCUUGGUAGGGGAGCACGACUUCCGUAACCUCUGCAAGAUGGACGUCGGGAACGGGGUCACUAGAUACGUGAGACGCAUCCUCUCGACGGAGUUGUACGAGUGUACUGACAGCGGCGAGCCAGAAGGUGACGGUGGCAGCAGCGGAUACCAGAUGCUCCGCCUGGAGAUAGUGGGACAAGCCUUCCUGUGGCACCAAGUUCGAUGCAUCGUCGCCAUACUCCUGCUCGUCGGCCAGGGCUUGGAAGAACCAGAGGUGGUGUCCAAGUUACUGGAUGUUGAGGCUCACCCGUGCAAGCCCCAGUAUGGCAUGGCCUCAGAAAUUCCCCUCGUCCUCUACGACUGUCAGUUCGAGGGCCUCGACUGGCGGUACGACGUUGCGGAACUUACCGCCGUGUCCAAGCACUUGCAGAAACUCUGGAUGCACGAGCGAGUCAAAAGUGAGAUGAUCCGGAGCAUGUUGAAGGACAUUGCCGGCCUGCCGUGCAUGGCCGGCACGGAAGUCCUGUCGCAGUGCGACCCGUUGCUGUCGGGUCCGACGGCGAGAGUCUACAGACCACUCCUGCAGAGACCAGUGUGUGACAGUCUGGAAGAGAGGGUCAGGCAUUUCGCAAAGCGGCGGAAGAUCGAGGCGUCCGAUGGCCUGGACGAGGACGGAAGGGGAGCCGAGGUGGAUCGUCGUCAGGGGCCAAUGGAUGUGGCCAUGGAUGCAGCUGUGGAUGUGGCAAACAAAGACUGAGGUGUAUAGAAAAAAGAAAAAAAACACAAUCCACUCUACA